CCACGUCUUUGAUCCUCCUCGUCCACUUGCCAGAAGGGCAGCCGCCACAACUGCAAGGGCGCGCACCGGCUUCGUUACCCUGAGAUCGAGCUUUUGCCAACAACAAACCACCUAAUACGACCGAGCUCGAAGCUUAGAUCCUUGUACUUCUACAAACCUCGACUCUGAACAAGUUCGUUGUGGGUGAGACAGUCUUUCGAGACUGCAAAUAUUCAACAUGCCCAUGAACUUUGAGAACACCAAGGCAUACAGAGCCGAUGAGCAACUGGGCCAUAGCCUUCUAUCAGAGGCACAGAGACAGGCUAUCUUCAAGGCCUCGCUUCCUUCGCCGAAUGAUGGAUCGACCAUCGUGAACAAGCCUGGUCAGGCACAGCGCAGAUCGCGACUCGGAGUCCGACGGUUUAUAAAAAAUCAAAUAUUUGUCUUUGUAUUCGCCCUUAUGCAUGGCAUCUUCUCUCUCUAUAUCAAAUCGCGACAGACAUGGCACGGCGUGUCUUAUCAGAUAUCUUCUAUUCUCUACUACCACCAUGCCACGCCGCAGUAUAUUCGACGAGACAUCAUGGGACUGACCAAGAGGCCCAAGCAUCUCAGCACAAUCUUGAAGACCGAGGGAAAUCAUAGGGCGAAGAACGACCUCGACCGAUUGAUUGAGGAGACAGCUGAGCUUGCCACUUGGUGUGCAUGUGCAGAGAUUCCCAUGCUUUCAAUAUAUGAGAAAUCAGGUGUCUUGAAGAAGCAUAUGCCUCGAGUCUAUGAGGCCGUCAUCCAGAAAUUCACUUUCUACUUUGGCGCCGAGCACCCGACACUCUCUGUAACUUCUCCCCACCAGGAUGAAUUCCCCACUCGUAUGCUGGAGGAGAGCAGACAUGGACACUUGCAGCUUCAUCUGAUUUCCUACCAGGAUGGAAGAGAGUCUAUCGUGGAUCUUACGAGAACUCUUGCCGACAUGUCGCAACGGGGCAAGAUCUCCCCGCGAGAUAUUUCCCAAGAGCUCAUUGACGCCGAGCUAUCGGAGGGCAUCCUUCCAGAGCCCGACUUGCUGAUUCUAUUCACUCCUUACGUCGAGCUGUCGGGCUAUCCACCGUGGCAAAUCCGACUGACUGAGAUCUUUUGCCUACAAGACAACGAGACGUUCGGGUACCAAGUGUUUCUAAAGGCUCUGAGAAAUUUUGCUUCUGCGCAAUUCCGCCGUGGCAAAUAAAUCAAGCGAAAGCUUUUUUUCUCUCGUUCUCCUAAAGAUAUCCAUUCUCGUAUAGAUAAUGCAUAUACUUUUUCUAUCAUGAGGGCUUCCACAGCACCAUGGCUCGACUCGUCUUAUCCCAACGAUAAACGGGACCAUUUCCGACGUUAUAAUUAUAAUAGUUUUCUGUCCCCUCUUUGAUCUUGGCCCUUCUGAAAGUUAUAUUGAUUCUUCCCCCAUCCUCUUGAUUCUUCCCUGUGCGUUUUGGUAUAGAAUGGAGCCAGUUAGACUGUGUUUUCCCUUUCAUUAAGAUCAUAUCUCCAGUAUUUAAUGGAAAUUUUAUAACUUUUGAUUUGACAGGUGGAUUUGUUUCCUGGUCUGGAGGCGCUGGCUUGUGCUUCAUCAGAAAAUCUCGUCGCGCGCCCAGCGAGAAGGAAGCAAUGGCAGGCUCUUGGCCUAGAAAUCUCUCAUCAUCGCUGUGAAACGAAAUGCUGUCUGCGCCAGAAGCAUAAUAGUUGACCAGACAGAAAUUAAAUUUGCAGUCUGUAGCUGCCUCCGUGGAUUGCCUAAGCUCAUCGAGACAUUGUGGUAAAGGCCGAGGAGAGGACUUCUCAUAGCGUCUGUCUGACAGCACUUUCAUUCCUGUAUUUGCAUCUACCACUGCUCCUGUCUCGUCAAACUUUGAGGUUUCGUCGAGUCCGAAUACCGUGGUCCAUCUU